AGGAACCAUAUUGACCCUUUAUACUGCUUUGCUUUUUCCUUCAUGUCAACAAAUUUUUCUUUGUCCUAACAUCAAACUACCCAACUCCAUUUUUUUUCUCAGUUCAAAUUCUUACUCUAAACAAUGCAAAUCCACUCAUUUCUUCGUCCUUCUCACACUCCUCUCCACACCCAAAUUCCAAGAUCAACCCUUUCUCAAUCUUCACCUCAUUUCAAGACACAUUCAUUAUCUCUACCUCAGUCAAAUUACCAUAGUUCUACAAGAAGUAAGCUUGUUACUCAUUGCAUAAGUCCAAGUCAAGAGCUUUUCACUGACAUUGUAAGUGAAAAUGAGAAUAUUACUGCUUCAGAUUCAGUCUUGAAUGAAAAUGAAAAAGAAGAAGAUGAAAUGGGAGUGGAGGGAAGCAGACAAGGAAUGGAAAGUCAGAGUAUAUGGCAGCAAAUUAAAGAGAUUGUGAUGUUUACUGCACCAGCUACUGGGCUGUGGAUUUGUGGGCCGUUGAUGAGUUUGAUUGAUACUGCUGUUAUUGGUCAAGGAAGCUCCCUUGAGCUUGCUGCUUUGGGUCCUGGUACAGUUUUGUCUGAUAGUAUGAGUUAUGUGUUCAUGUUCCUUUCGAUUUCUACUUCGAAUAUGGUUGCCACUUCCCUUGCCAAACAGGAUACAAAUGAAGUGCAGCAUAACCUAUCUGUUCUGCUCUUUAUUGCGUUGACUUGCGGCUUCCUAAUGAUUCUGUUCACCAAGUUUUGUGGCGCAUCGGUAUUAACUGCUUUUACAGGUUCAAGUAAUUUACACCUUGUCCCUGUGGCAAACACAUAUGUUCAGAUUCGAGGUUUAGCCUGGCCUGCAAUUCUAAUUGGAUGGGUUGCUCAAAGUGCAAGCCUCGGCAUGAAAGAUUCAUGGGGACCCUUGAAGGCAUUGACAGUUGCCAGUGCAGUAAAUGGCAUUGGUGAUAUAGUCCUUUGCAGGUUUCUAAACUAUGGUAUUGCUGGUGCAGCAUGGGCAACGAUGGUUUCACAAGUUAUUGCAGCUUAUAUGAUGAUUAACUCGCUGAACAAGAAAGGAUAUAAUGCUUAUGCCAUCUCUGUUCCAUCACCCAACGAUCUAGUGACAAUAUUUGGGAUUGCUGCUCCAGUAUUUGUGAUGAUGAUUUCAAAGGUGGCUUUCUACUCACUUCUUGUAUAUUUUGCUACAUCCAUGGGCACACUUAGCUUGGCUGCUCAUCAGGUUAUGAUUCAAGCAUUCAUGACCUGUACAGUUUGGGGUGAACCACUUUCUCAAACUGCACAGUCAUUCAUGCCCGAGUUAAUGUAUGGAACCAAUCGGAGUUUGGAAAAGGCUCGAAGGCUGCUGAAAUCACUGGUGAUCAUUGGAAGCAUACUAGGAUUGCUUUUAGGAAUUUUCGGAACUUCUGUUCCUUGGUUGUUCCCGACUAUCUUCACUCCUGAUCUGAAGAUUAUCCAAGAGAUGCACAAAGUACUGAUACCAUUCUUUAUGUCACUAGCUGUGACACCCUGCAUUCUCUGCUUUGAAGGAACUUUGCUGGCCGGCCGGGAUCUCAAAUUUCUUAGCAUGGCAAUGAGUGGAUGUUUUUCUGUGGGUGCUCUAGUGCUCUUGCUUGUGAAUAGCAGAGGAUAUGGAUUGGUAGGAUGCUGGUGUACACUCCUAGGUUUCCAAUGGGCUCGGUUUUUCAUUACUCUUCAACGCCUUCUUUCCCCGAGUGGCAUACUUUUCUCUGAAGAUUUAGGUCAGCAUGAAUUGCAGAAGCUAAAAGCCACAUAGUUGUCCAUAAGAAUAAUGGAUAAAAUCAUAUUCAAGAAUUAUUUAAAAAGUUCAAGCCUCGGUCACCGAUGAAGGUCAAGCAUCACAAUUGUUGCACGGAAACAAAAACUCCAAAGCAAAAAACACCAAAUCUGGAUAUCACAAAAAACUGGAGAAGUUUUCCUACAAUAUAGUUCUUCAAUGAUUAAAUGAGGCUAAAGUUGAUUUACCGGAAAGGCUGAAGCUGCAAAUAGUGCAUACUAGAACUUGAAAAGCUUUCCCAUAUUAAUUCAGGGAAAUAUGUCAUUAAACUUAAAUGUUGUUUAUGAAACUCUCGCUGUAAUACAAAACUUGAUUCGCCAUAAAAACAUAAGACAAAUGUAUUAAAAUGUCAAACAUACAAGCAACAUUCUUUGAAUUCCCAUGUAAA